AUGGCUGAAAGUGGUGUUGUCCAAAUUCUGGAAAUUCGUGACGAGCUCGUUACGUGCGAGAUUUGUUUCGAGUAUUUCGAUGACCAGGACAAAUCUCCACGUAUCUUACCGUGCUUCCACAGUUUCUGCUGUCGCUGUCUGGAGUCGAUUUGGGAGAAGUCACCACUGGAGGCAUGUUCAGUCGCUGUAUGUCCAUCGUGCGCUCUUAUCUCCCAUAGAGAUCAUGAGAUACAAGACCUCAAAGAUGUCUACCAAGCAAAGAAAGAUCAAGUCACUGCAGUUUUAUGCGAUUUAGAAAAGUCUAAGGUCACAUCAGAAGGUUACAAAUGCAAGCUUGUUGAACAGAAUGAAGCACUAAGUGUUAUCAAACAACGAUGUUUGCAAGAUAUUGAUGAUUCAUAUGAAAAAUGCAUCACAAUGCUGUCUGAGAGAAGACAACAGUUAAAAGAACAAGUCAUUUCUAACGUGGCCAAACAACAGGCUGACAGAAAUGAGAAAUUUGAGACGCUAACGCUGUCAAAUGACAGUAAAAGUCGACAUUUUCUUUACUGUCAACAAGCGUUGUCGUACACACGAGCUGUUCAGUUCAUAGAAAUGUCUGAGGUUCUGGAGAAGCAAGCCAGAAGGCUGCUAGAAAUACCUCAACUGUUGGAUAUGAAGAUGGAAGAGGUGGACGUAGAUCUGGAUACCUUUGAUCAGGUUUGUAAAAUCCUGCAGAAACGUGCAAUGGUGGUUGAUAUGUCGCAGAUAAAACCAUGUAUUGAGGUAAGGGAUGCCAAGAAAGGCGAAGAAUCCCGUGUGGUUCAAGUUGCAAUGCUACCAAAGGAAACCAAGGCCGAGGAUCAGACAGAUAUGUUAAAAGCAAUGAUUGAAUCAGACACUGAAAUCAAGGGUGAGGAAAAACCGAAAACAAAACUGAUUUCGUUUGGCGUACAUUACGUACAGACAAAUAUGUACUGA